AUGACAACAGCAGUUCCGUUGAUCUACUCUUUUCCUGAAUUCAGUGGGGUUGCGGAGGCAGUUGCAGAUUUAAUAGUUACUGCCCAGAAUAGGGCUUUGUAUGCGGACAAUGGAAGCAGCAAUGGAAGCGGAACAACUACGCCGGCUACAAAUCAGAGCAAGAAAAGAAGCAGCAACCCAAGCAUCCAGGCGUUGAAGGAAGAGCAAGAAAAACAACUUCCAUCUUUUCAAUCGGCACCUGAUUUAACACAAAUGGCAAGUGUUCAUCAUCACCAUCACCACCACCACCAUCAUCAUCAUCACCAUGAUGGCGGUAGUACGGGACAAUCGAGAUCGAAGAGUGCAAAGCCUGAAAGUGGUGAGGAGCAAGGGUCGAAAAGUGGCAGACAGACACCUACAGUUACAGCCACAACAACAACCACAAAUACCGAGCAGGCUGCUGCAUCGACCAGUCUGAAUGACGAAAAGAGUAAUAACAAGCCGGAAAAUAAAAUGCAGACGAUAGGGCAGCUACCGAAAUCCCAGCCAAUGAGCAUGUCCCCCUCCACAGCAAGUACAAAUGCCGCCGGAGCAUCUGGAUCACAACAGUUACGCAGAAAAAAGAAGAAUGCAGAACGCAGAUUUAGAAUAGGUCUCUCUGGUGGAUCUUUGGUCAGCGUCUUGCACGAGGGAUUACUAAAAAGGGACGAUAUUGAGUGGGGAAAAUGGGAUAUAUACUUCGCGGAUGAAAGAUUGGUUCCUUUCGAAUCGCAGGAAUCAAACUACGGAAAGGCCAAGAGGCAACUUUUUGAUUUGGCAGAUACACAGCACAAGGGCUUUCCAAGAAUCUUCCCUAUAAACGAAAAGCUCUUGGAUGAACCCCAGGAGUGUGCUGACAGCUACGAACAGACUCUUAUCAAGGGAUUCGCGUCCAAAGACUCCGUUAGAUUACCGAUGUUUGAUCUUAUAUUGCUUGGAUGUGCACCUGACGGUCACGUGGCCUCUCUUUUCCCUAACCAGGAGACUCUCCGGGAAUCAUAUGCCUGGUGCGUUCCAGUGGAAAAUGCACCUUCUGGCCCUUCAAGAAGAAUAACGUUGACUGUGCCUGUGAUUUGCCACUCUCACUUGGUCGCAUUUGUCGUUGAAGGUGCAACCAAGGCUCCUGUUAUCAAGACUAUCAUGGAGAGACCGGACAAGGGUCUACCUGCAAGUAUCAUUAAUGAAAAGGCCGCUGGAAGGAUCGCAUGGUUUGUUGAUGAUGAAGCUCUCCAGGACGUCGUUGGUAUAACGAAGAAGAGAUACAAGUUUACGGCAAAGCACCAGUGA